AUGGCAGGCGUUUUGUCUCUCAUUUUGUCCCCAAGCUUUAUCGUCUAUAGCUCAUUUGCGUUUGCUCUCUUCAAUACAUUGCUCUUUAUCCGCACCACCCUUCGUCCCAAGACCUUCCCCCCAGGUCCAAAGGGAGUUCCAGGCCUAGGAAAUCUGUUACAGAUCGACAAAAGCUUUCCAUUCCGAACAUACAGUACUUGGUCUAAAGACGUCGGAGAAGACACACCCUUGGGAGUCAAAAAGGCUGCCAGUAAUGUCGUGGUCUUAAACAGUGGCCGCCUGGUCCGUGAACUAUUUGAGAAACGAGGCGCCGUAUACAGCGAUCGGCCGUGGCAAUACAUCAAUAAUGAUUGGAUCUUGGGCGAUGACCUGAGAAUUGCUCUCUUUGCCAACAACAGCUCUUGGCUCACCCGCUGGCGGAGAGAGUUUUCGCACAUCUUCGAUGUCGCAGCCAUCACACGGUUCCGCCCUGUCUACGAGGCAGAAACAGCUCGUCUACUUGUUAAGCUGCUCGAGUCUCCCAACGCGCGAAGACGAGACCUUGAAGACAUUCUCGUAUGUUGGAUUGUGAGCGUGCCAUGCCUAGGAUUAUGCGGCCGGCGCCCCGACGAUCUGGGAGACCAUGAUUUCAAUGUCAAGCAGUUCAGACGUGAUCAAGAACAAUACCUCAGUCUACUUACUCCAGGCGCGGGUGAUGUUUUCCCACUCCUUCGCUAUCUCCCCGAGAUUUUUGGUCUGGCCGCAUGGAAGAAAAAGGCUCGAUACGUCAGGCAGCAACUUCUACUGGCAGGAACAUCUUUUCUCAGUGCUGCUAAAGAACAGCGCGCGGCUCUGGACGAAGGCCAGUCGAUUGAGUGGGAAAGCCUCCUGGCUAAGAUUUUGAGGGAACAGCGUGGCGCAAAGGAACCCAUGUUCACAGAAAAGGACAUGGGCAUGACUGGAGUCCAGAUCCUAUCAGCUGCUAUGAAUACUUCACUUGCAGUUUUUUCGAUCGGGCUGAUGAUCUUUGCAAAGUAUCCUGCGCUCCAGCAACGCGCGAGAAGUGAGGUCAUUGAGGUAUUGGGAGAUGCGCCCCCAAAGGCAACGGAUCUAACCAAGCUGAAAUACCUAGAGGCAUUCUAUAACGAGAUUCACCGCUGGCGCCCGGUCGCUCCUCAAGCAGCUGCCCACUCUCCCUCACAGGAUAAUAUCUUUGAAGGCUAUCAUAUCCCCAAGGGUACUUCAGUCAUUGCCAAUGUUUGGCACAUUCACCACUCAGAGCAGGACUAUGAUGACCCUGAUGAGUUCAUCCCAGAACGCUUCCUCCAUCACCCAUAUGGGAUGAAGCUAGAUGAGGCGCAUAACCCAGCACGUCUCCAAGGCUCAGGCCCGCGACUCACCCACGCUUUUGGGGCUGGUCGUAGAAUUUGCCCAGGCAUGGACUCGGCGAGGCAGAGCUUGAUGCUUGGUCUGGCAAAGGUCCUUUGGGCUUUUGAGAUUAUGCCAGCUCCAGGCAAAGAAAUUGACCUCAACAUGGAGACCGGAUUCAUUUCUGACUUAGCCUUGAGGCCCAAGGACUUCGAUGUCGUCCUGAAACUUAGAGAUGGAAGGACCAAGGGAGAUAUUCUAGACCACUAUUCUCAAGCAUACGAAGCACAGGCAGCAGUCAUGGGGUGGGAAAAUGGUCUGUACAGGUAG